AGAGAGAGAGAGAGAGAGAGAGUUAGAUAGAGAGUUGGUCUGAGAAGAAAGGAGGCAAACUAUGUUCUACGACUUCUCCAAAGGGAACAGGCAAAAACUAUAUAAUCUGCUGAAGUUUAGGAGGAAGUAAAUACUCCUUAAAGACCAGACUCGAUGGGCUGAAUGGCCUACUUCUGGCUCCCUUGUCUUGUGACCUUGUGAUCUUGUGAGAGAGGAAACUAGUUUCUGCCGUCUACAGGGAUGAACGCUGUGAGUUGAAGACCUCUUUGCUUUCAACCUCCAGAUAUUAUUGACUUUUAGUGAGGUUGUUGGUGUUUCUCCCACCUUCAUAAGUUCUAAUAAUGGCACGUUACAGAUACUUCAUAUUUAAUCAGCGUGGUGUGAUUCCACUGGGAAUUUUGCAGAUAGCUUGUUCUACUGUCUGUGUCGUAUGUGGCUUCAUAGAUGGAUUAAUGAGGAAAGAUUCAGUGCUCCGCAGGACUAGAAUACCCAUCUGGACAGGCAUGGCAAUGGCAUUUCCAGGAGUUCUGGCAUUAUUUUCCUCUCAGAAAAAGAAUCCCAUUCUUGUGCAUGCUAUGAUUGCCUCAGCUGUACUUUCUUGGAUAACCACAACUGUUUUAAUCAUAUAUGCAGCAUUGACAUUGAGCUAUGGUGAAGAUGAUGAUGAAGUAUUCCAACAUAAACCCAGCGAUGUCAUACAUUUGGAAUACAUACUUGGUAAACUUGUUCAAGGAGCCAAUAUGACCAUAUUAAUGGCAUCUGUGGUUGGUAUUCUGAUGACAACCAUCAUAGCAUAUCUUGGUUGUCGAAGCCUCCCCAUCUGUGGGUGCUAUGACAGUACAACUGGAAUGCAGGCAUUGAUGACAGAAGACCAUCAGCCUCAGAUGAUUGAGUUAGUCAGUAACUGGCAAAGUGGCAGUGGUCAGCGAAUUCUAAAUGAUCCAGUGCAAUAUGAUGGGAUUGGAGAGAGAGAGGAAGCAGAGCUGACAUCAAAGACAGCAGAGCUGACAUCAAAGACAGCAGCCUAUGUGCCACUUGCUUAAAAUCAACUUUAAUUACUGUGGUUGCUUUAUUUGCUGGAAGAUGAAGAAUGUUUCCUUUUAUUGGAUUUCAUUGACAAGAAUUUGAAUCUAAGGAAAAUUGAUUAAUUAAGUUUACCAAGAUAUACUCAGCUUGGAAUAGUUUUUGCACACAUCAUUAUUAUUAUGGCAGUCAUUACUGAGACUUGACAUUAGUGCUGAGUAUAUUACUCAUGGCAAUUGUGAGAAAAUUCAAUUGAAUAACUCGAUAUUUUGCCAUCUUGAAGUCUUUUUAUAUGAUUUUAUUGCUGAGAGGUAGUGUGAUUUCCAUGUUACUGCUUAUCUAGCUAGUCAUUGAGCAACAAAAAUAAUUGUCAUAUCCAUUUUGAAAAAAGUGCAAUAAUGAAGUGUUUAUGCUUUUUUUAUGUAUAAUAAAUCAUGACCUUAAGUACA